GCUGGUGUUCAUUCAUGAAGAUCCAUUGACCAAUUAGGAUGAUAAAGGGGUCAGUUGAUUUCAAGCCUGAAAACCUUCUGCCUGUGGAUAUUCCUAGCACUUGGAGAGCAAUGGAAGCACUCUAUGAUUCUGGAAAGGCUCGAGCUAUUGGUGUGAGUAAUAUCUCUACAAAGAAAUUGGCAGACUUGCUGGAGGUGGCAUGCGUUCCUUCUCCUGUCAAUCAGGUUGAAUGUCAUCCUUCAUGGCAGCAGACCAAGCUGCAUGAGUUUUGCAAGACAAAGGGAGUUCACCUAUCUGGAUAUUCACCAUUGGGUUUUCCUGGUACCAAAUGGAUCGAGACUCAAGUUCUUAGGAAUCCAAUUCUUAAUAUGGUGGCAGAGAAAGUAGGCAAGACCCCUGCGCAAGUUGCAAUUCGCUGGGGUUUGCAAAUGGGUCAUAGUGUGGUUCCAAAGAGUACAAAUGAAGCAAGGAUCAAGGAGAACUUUGAUGUCUUUGAUGGGUCUAUAGCCCAGGACUCGUUUGCCAAGUUUACUGAAUUUGAACAGGGAAGUUUUGCUUGUGAUCGUAUUAUUCCCUUGCCACAUUUUGUUGCAGAAUUGGUAGACUCUUUGGAGGAGAGUGCUUUGUCCAUGAGACGUUCGGCCACUACAAGACCGUCGAAGAACUUUGGGAUGGUGAUGUUUGAGUGAACAGGAGGCGCUAGAAAGCCAAUUAUUAACCCACCUACUACAAGUAGGAACCCAGAAGUCCAAAUAAACAACGCAAGGAAUUAUUACCAGAAAAGAGAGCCGGGAAUAGUCCGGAAUCCGGAUACUCUACUCCACUCAUCUCCUCCUACAAUUAUCCCACCGUCUUCCUGCUUUAUAUCAGCGAACGAAACACACUCCAUUUCCGAGAUGGCCAAUGAUAUCAGAUUCUUCCAGUUGAACACCGGAGCCAAAAUCCCUUCCGUCGGCCUCGGCACGUGGCAGGCCGCCCCUGGCCUUGUCGGCGACGCCGUUACCACCGCCAUCAAGGCUGGAUACCGCCAUAUUGAUUGUGCUCAAAUUUACGACAACGAGAAGGAGAUUGGUUUGGUUUUGAAGAAACUAUUUGAAGAUGGUGUGGUCAAGCGUGAGGAGUUAUUCAUUACUUCCAAACUCUGGAAUACUGACCAUGCACCAGAAGAUGUGCCCGUGGCAUUAGACAGAACUUUGCAGGAUUUGCAGCUUGAUUAUGUUGAUCUGUAUCUUAUCCAUUGGCCAGUUAGGAAGAAGAAGGGUUCAGUUGGUUUCAGCCCUGAAAACCUUUUACCUGUAGAUAUACCUAGCACUUGGAGAGCAAUGGAAGCACUGUAUGAUUCUGGUAAGGCUCGAGCUAUUGGUGUCAGUAAUUUCUCUACAAAGAAACUGGCCGAUUUGUUGGAGGUUGCACGUGUUCCUCCUGCUGUCACUCAGGUUGAGUGUCAUCCUUCAUGGCAGCAGACUAAGCUGCAUGAAUUUUGUAAAUCGAAGGGAGUCCACCUAUCUGGAUAUUCACCAUUGGGUUCUCCUGGUACUACAUGGAUCAAGGGUGAUGUUCUUCAGAAUCCAAUUCUUAAUACAGUUGCAGAGAAAUUAGGCAAGACUCCUGCCCAAGUUGCACUUCGCUGGGGUUUGCAAAUGGGUCAUAGCGUGCUUCCAAAGAGCACAAACGAAGCAAGGAUCAAGGGAAACUUAGAUGUCUUUGAUUGGUCCAUACCAGAUGACUUGUUUGCCAAGUUUUCUGAAAUUGAACAGGCAAGUAGUGCAUUCAUUGUCUAGAAAAAUUGGCAUUUAAUAAUUUUUUGUUUGAUUACAUAACUUCAAAUUUUAA